CAACCAUGACCUAUUUUGCCAAAUCCCUUUCAAAAAGAUCUUUUUUUCUCAGUGACAGCGCAUUAGGAUAAUCAGAAAUGGAAGUACGAUCAGAAUCAACUGCUCAGUGCUGUAGAUGACAACUUGAGGCAUAUGCAAGCCAUGGAUCGCGUUGAUCGUGAGACCGUGUCGAGUGCAGUGACCGUGAAAACUGACACAGGCAGCAAAGUUCUCCCAGGGGACAAACGGGGACUGCCAUAUGAGAUAUGGGCCAUUAUCUUGUCAUACCUAGGUGUGGAAGACCUUAGCAGGUCUGCGAUGGUUUGUAAGACUUGGAAUGAAGUUGUUCUCAGUAUGGACCACACCAAGUGGAAGGAGCUAUACCUUCUCAGCACGGACUGGAAACACCCUUACUGGCCUCUGAAUCUACACUCUGAACCCAUCUCCUGGCGAGAGGCUUAUAAACACCAGUACAUCGCCACAAACUUUUGGACUCAGAUAGAUCGUCGACCCGGCAAUGUUACUUGUAUGUCGGUUUUUAAGAAAACAAAAGCUCGAAAGACCAUAACUGUCGGUGUUGGGAAGGAUUUUGAGUCAUUAAAAGCAGCUUUAGCUGUAGCAAAUGACUAUGAUAGAAUUAUGGUGUACCCGGGGAUUUAUGAUGAACAGUUUGAGAUGUCAUCAAAAAUUCCGUUUGAGCUAAUAGGUGUAGGUGAACUUGGUAGCGUGAUUCUUGUGGUGUGUAUAGAACAGACAGCGAUCACAGGACGCAUCAGUAACCUUGUGUUUAGGGCUCCAUGGUUCACAAACUUCAUACUGAAGGUUAGGUCAGGCUAUCUACAGGUGGACAACUGCAUUCUGGAGGAUGGAAUGAUGUAUGUUCAGAAUCCCGGCACAGUGACUCUAUCCUUUUGUACAUUUCGACACGCAACCAUCAUCCUCCAGCAUGUUAAUGCCAGCAUUAUACAGAACUGUAUGUUCUCCCAGACGGAUACGGCAGCCAUAACACUUGAAGGUUACCCUAAAGAUGACAGGAACUGGACAUUUCGGGCACUCAACGCCAAAAUAACAAACACUUGUAGUCUACAGAAGAAGCCCGAACAGCCUCGUUUAGGGGAGGGGCUGAUCCCUAAAUCUGCAUUUUCGCUCUCAACAGCAACGACUAGUCAUAAAAAAUCGGUGUCAAAGUCGCAUUUGUUGAGACAAUCUUCUGUUGAUACAGAGGCCUUGCAGAGAAAGAUGUCACAUGAUAUGAAUGUUUCAUUUAACGCAAAUGUUGAAGGUGCUGUGGGUGGGGUAAAUAUUCGUCCUCUGGAUCGACGAAGACAAUCUGCGUGUGAUUCUACGUUCUCACGUCACACGCUCGAGCGAUUAAGCAAUGGUGACGAGGAGGAUGAUCUGGGGCAUUUAGGUACCAAGUCUCACACACAUAUGACUGCAGUGAAACACAAAGCACAUUCGCUUACCACGCAUGAGCUGACUGAACAAAACGUGCAUGCGCAUGAUUCCCGACAUCAUAAGGAAAAAAUUAAGCGUAUAGAGAAUUUUGUAUCCGACUGUGCCAAAUACAGCAACGCAGGAACAUCAGAGGGAGGAAGCACUGUGGGUGACGAAAACUCAGAUGACCUUCACCCCAACGGAAACCAUGACAACGAUUUACACCACCAGGGUCAUCAUCAUCAUCAACAACAUCAUCAUCAUCAACACCAUCAUCAUCACCAGAAUCAUCAUCCAAGCCAGGGUCAAGGACAUGGACAUUUAAGCCAUCAAAUGCCAAACACGCAACUAACAACACCUCAGAGAAAAACACUCUACGAUUCGCAGGAAUCUGACUGUGAAAGUGAUAUAAUGAACCCUAAAGGCUUGGAAAAAGUUCCCGCCCUAGAUCUGCACUCGUUGACCUCUCCCAAUCGACAAGAUGGUAGCCAAGGGAACCGGGGUCAUGGUGGCUCGUCUGGGGUAGGGCUUGACCAAGGGUUGCGGCUUGCUCCAAGGGAGAGGAGUAUUUCAAGUUCGGAAGUUUCCAUACACACGGCUAGCAGUAAUGAUGUUUCAGAGGAGGAUGAGGGUGGGGGAUACGAUUCAGACGGUGACCAGACGUCAAGUUCCUCAGACGAAGACAGUCUGCCGUUCAGUGACCGAGACAGCCAGUUCUCCUCCAGUGAGGAGUCAGUUAUAAUGCUCACCUAUCCAGACCGACAUCAACCUCGAUCUGUGUCUGCACAGGGGGACCUUAACGAUGUCGCUUCUAUAAAUAGCCAAAACCAGUCAGAACAUAUUGAUAUUAUACAGGACAACGACAUGCGUAGAAUGCUCAAUGAAGUUAGAGGCUGUUUAAUCUACAAGUGCCGAGUGACGCAGAGUAAAGGCGCUGUCAUGGUCAGCCUCCAGGCUCAUGGUAUCAUCAUGGAGUGCGAAAUCAAUUGUGUGGGAUACGGCAUUAGAUGCAUACAGAACUCAACAACUGUUGUUCUAAAGAAUGAAAUCCAUCAUUGUCGCACUUCUGCUGUAUUUAUGAGGCUGGCUGCCACUGGACUUAUUACUGGCAAUGAUAUUCAUUCUAACGGUGAGGCAGGCGUAGAUAUCAGAAAAAACGCUGACCCUAUAGUGCAGUGUAACCGUAUUCACCAUGGGAAGCGGUCUGGCGUGGUUGUUCUGGGCAGUGGGCGGGGCCAAAUACGACACAACGACAUUUACCAAAACAAGGAGGCCGGGGUAUACAUUCUGUACCGUGGAAACCCAACAAUCUGCAACAAUCAGAUCUACAGUGGGAAGGCUGCCGGUAUCGCUAUCAACGAGGGAGGUCGAGGAUACAUUUACGGGAACACAAUUACGGGUAACCAGUGGGGCGGUAUAGACAUCCGCCAUGGUGGGGAUCCCAUAGUGCACCAGAAUACUGUAUGCAAUGGGGUAUCGGACGGCGUGGUGAUCGGGGAAGGGGGACGUGGCAUCAUACAAAACAACAUCAUCACUGGCAACGCAGGUUGUGGUGUUUGGAUGAUGUCGGCGCAGCAACCCCUUAUCCAUGGCAAUGAGGUCCAUAGCAACAGGGACACUGGCAUCUGUCUGGUCAACAAAAUAGACUCCAGCCACAAAGUAGAGGCCCCAAUAGCUGAGAGUAAAGAUACACCCAGUCAGACCAGCCUUGACUUCUGGGGCGUGGUUCAGGAUGACCCUGCCCCAGCUAAACGCCCUAUCACCAUGGCAACCUUGGAAUACAACAAAGUCUUCAAUAAUCUAGGUCAGGGAAUCUCCCUGCAGUUUGGCGAGCCAGUGACAGUCGACAGUAAUCUUGUUCACGGUAACCAUGGCAACGGUAUCCAUGUGGACCAGGCUUUCCCUGCAACUCUAACUAACAAUUGUGUCACAUGUAACACUGGGUCAGGGGUCAUGGCCAAAGGACAAGGAAAGGUUUGUAUCCGUGGAAACGGUAUCUAUGACAACCGGGACCAUGGUGUAUGGUGUCAGUGUGAUGCGGAGGUAACAGAAAAUGACAUACUUGGAAAUCGCUGGAGUGCCGUCCAUCUUAAACUAGCUCACCAGGCAAAGGUACAGAACAAUCGGUUACACGCAGCAGAUGACUUUCUUAUUUGCCUUACUGGUAUAAGACACUGUGAGAUGGAGGGUAACUUGUUCUAUGGGCCUAAGGAUCGGUCAGUGAGCGCAGACGAGGCAUCACACUGUACAUCGAUGGCCAAUCAGGUCCUUCCAACACCUCAGAGCAACAACGACAUCUCCAGGCGAUGUGACCCACCCGACAUGACCCCUCUUGGGAAGACCCGGUGGCAGUUAAUUGACCCCGCCCCACGGCCCCAUCUUCUUCCACCCCCUGCGAUAAGCCACGCCCAUCAGGGACAAACAAUUAUUACGAGGCUAACCAUACCUGCCGAGAAUUGUGACCAUGGGGGGUCAAAGUUGUGCAUUAUUUUGUGACUUUAAACAGUGAUAUUUAUAAAUGUUGCAUGUCAAUGAAGGUAAAAGUAGAUGUUAAUUCAGAAAAUUAAUAAGUAACUCGCAUCAAGGCAAAAAAAAUUCUAAAAUAUGUGGCUUAUCAUUCCGACAGAGGAGAUUCAAUGCCAUCCACCAUUUUGAGAUCUUAUGUUAUAGUUAGAUGACAUGAAGUAAAAUCUUUAUGAUCAAGAAUGUGCGGAGUGAGUGUAACUUAUGAGACAUUCUUAAUCAUUAAUAUUUUACUUCAUAUAAUCUAACUUACUUAAAAUACAACCUCAUUAGCUGACAAAUUGUCGAUGCAAAAUCUGACACAGGGAGUGUGUAUCGGAUGAGUGGCAGUAGGCAGACCUUUGAACACCUUGAAAGUUGAAAUUCUUGAUUAUAAGCCUAGUACUUAAUGAAUGCCUAUCUGCAAUUUCAAUGGCUGAAAAUGCAGGUCCUAUUCUAAAGAGUGAUAUUCAUGGAUACUGCAUUCCACUCAGUCACUGAGGAUAAUUUCAUAA